AUGGAGAAGCAUGGAGGCAGCCCUGUGGAAAGGCACAUGCGAGUGAACCUGUCGGUGGAUCCCACCACAGCAUUCUUAGAUACUGACCCCAACCUCACCUUCCUGUGUGGGUUGUGGUUGCUCCUUCUGUUCCUGUGCUACCUGGUGGGGAUUCCAUCUUUAUCAACCUUCUGGAAAACCAAAGCUUUCCAAAAGCGUAAGGGCACAGCCAAGAGGAGAAGGAAAGGUGGAACAUCGGGAGCCCCUCAGGCCAGCUUCACGAUACCACCCACUUUCGUCAACUCUUAUGUCCAGACCCCUCCUGUGAGCAAAGGGAAACCAAAGGAGCUGCUUGUGCACCAGCAGCCCCCAUAUCCUAAGACCUCAGAGGACCAUUUACAACAAAAACAUGUCCAGCUCUUUUGGGGUCUCCCAUCUAUGCACAGCGAGUCCUUGGCCCCUGCUGACCAUGUCUCAGGUGACUGUUCCUCUAUCUUCAUUUUCACUACAAUAUUUAACGCCUCCACAGCUGAAGAAUCCCCAGUACUUUCCCAUACUCUACCUUUGUCCUUGCCUGAGAUGCAGCCUCAAGCCUUGCCUCAAACCCUGCCCCAAUCCCAGCCCCUACUUCUCACUCAGGUCCAACCCCAGGCCCACCUUCAGUCCCCACUCCCCAUCCUACCGUCUGGUCCUCCACCUGAGACCGAGAUCUGUGGAGUGUGUUUCCAUAGACCCCAGAAUGAAUCAGAGUCUGUCAUCUCAUCUGAAAUUGAACAACUGGAAUGGAAUGUGUUGCAGAAGCAACGGGAAAGUUUGUGGGGUUUACCCUCCGUGGUCCAAAGAUCUAGGGAAGACUUUUGUCCUUCAGCUCCCAGUUCUCCUUACCUCCAGGCCUCCCAGGCCCAUGUUUCAAUCUCCAUCCUUCCUGGAGAGUUUCCUCUCAGUGAUGAGCUUCGGAAGAAACUAGACCACCACCUUCGAAAGAGGCUCAUCCAACACCGCUGGGGCCUGCCCCGCAGGAUCCAUGAGUCUCUGUCACUGAUGAUGCCUCUAAGAGAUUUUUCAGAGAUACCUGAGUCAGAGCGCAAUCAUGGACUCCCAUGUGUCUCUGUGAACAAAAAUCUAAAUGGUGGACUGAGCCAUCCUGGAAGCUUCCAUGAGAGGGGCUCAGAAAUGCUUCAGCUAAAGAAGGAUAUAGAGAAGGAUCAGGGACAUAGCUCAGAGAACGGCCCAAAAGCUCAUCUGUUGAGUGACCCAGAGAGCUCUUCAGAUAACGAUCUGGGCUGUGACUCUGAGAAAGACCUAACUAGUCACAUGGCGAGUCUGUCAGGGAAAAAUUCAAGGGCCUCAAGUGCAAGUCUAGAUCAGAAACAAUUUAAAAAUGUCCUAGAAGUACAUCUGAGCAAGAAGUUUGAGGAAAUCAAUGAGGGUCAGCUCCCUGGGACUGUGCCUAGUUCAUGGCAUGCUAUCAAGCAAUCAUUGCAGAUUUCUGUGAAAUCCCACACCCAAAUAACACAGAGGAGUUUGCCACCAUCAGUGGGUGGGGACUACUGCCUGAAUACCUUCCAGGACCUUUCCUUCAUUGAUUUCAGUGCACGACAGACGCUGGAAGCCCAUAUUAGAAGCUUUCGUAUGAGGAUGCUGUGGGGCCUUCCCCGCAGGGUCAUUGAAUCCAUAGAGAUCUUUAAUUUGAAAGGUGCAGCAUCCGAGUCCUUGUCCCAUUCCUACCUUCCCUCCUCAGCCAACCUGAUUUCUGAGGUGGACUCCAAAUCUGGGGGCCUUGAGCCCUUUAGAGGAAGCUCUAAACCUGUUCAUCAAGACAAAGUGGGAACAACAAGUUCAGCCCCUGUCCUGGAUCAUUCUCACCCUGCCACCUCACCUAUGGGCAGGGAAGGACAGGCGACCUUUAGACAAUCACCCUCUGGUAUGAACCAAGAGCUUGCAGAGGAUGUUCAGCAAAUUAAGGGUGCCAGACAGACUCUUCUGCCUGUCACACAUGGCGUCACAGGCAAAGCCAGUCUGAGACUUUCUCCCCUAGGGAACAGAUACCCCCCAAAGCUGCCUGCAAGGCAAGCUAAGGCCAGACAUGAGCCAAAGGGGAAGAGUGUGAGUUCCAGGGAUGGAGUAGAAACAAGACAGGGCAAAAAGACAGAUAAGUCUGAACCUUCAGCUUCAUCCAAGGAGAUAUUCAGGGCCAAGGAGCUCAAUGCUCUUCAGUCAAAAACUGGCAACAUCUUGACAACCAGCAAGCCAGGAAACUCCCAAAUGAUGACUAAAGUAGAAACUACCGGGACCACUGAAAGGCCUCCACCAAAAAGACCAGCUCCCCAAGAUCCUCAAUCAUCAGGCCUUAAAGAACUGCUGUUUGCUGAAUUAAAGUUUAAACUAGAGAAGAGGAAUCAGAGCCAGGUCCAAGGCCAACCCACUGAUAGGUCCCUUGCCUCAGAGAGCUUGACUUACAAGGCGUCACUGACUCAUGCCCAGGGUGUCUCCACUGGGGACAUGGGAGCUUCCCAGGUGCUGCGUGCCCAUUUGGAGGACAAAGGAAUCAGCAUGGAGCAGCAGCAGGAGCCUUGGGUCCCGAAGCAAGUCUUAAGGAGGUGCCAGGAUAAGGAUUUCCCACCAGCUGCAAAGACAGCGAGCCCUCUGGGACCCAAGGCAGAAGAGCUUGGUGGAGGGGAUGCAGGGUUGGGGACAUCCCAACCUAGAAGGAAGAGCUUCUUUACUCACAACAAGGCAUUAGAGGAGACGGUUGGGAACAAGUCUUCCCAGACCCCAUCACAGAAGGGACCGCCUCCUCCUGAAGGCCUCUUCAGGAAAAAGAUAAACCACAUUUUGCAAUGGCUUCAUCCUGGGACAAAAGGCAAAAGCCAAGAAAAUUCCCAGGAAAAGGGCAGCCCCGUAUCAUCGGCGCAGAGCAGGGGCCCAGUUAAAAAGAGAACUGCCCUUACUGGGACGACCACAGCUCAGAAGACCGUGAUGGUUCCUGGGAAGUUCCCAGAGGAGAAACCAGGGCGUUGGCAUGCAACAGAUGUCACCUGCCCUCAAGAGCCCCUUCCUUCCCCAAGGAAGUUUGGGAAAACUCAGCAGAAGGCAGAAGUGCUGGGUCGGGCAGAUCCCAUCCAGGGAUAUCCUUCCAAUUACAGGGUUCCCACCUGUAAAGUCACAAAAAAGCCCUGCCGCCAAGAAGCUGUCUUUGCUGGCCAGAGUGAUCCUGCAAAUAUUAGACGGAUCCGAGAUGAGGACGGACACCCCCAGAAAGCUGUGGCCUUUAGGAACCAGCUAUCAGAUGAGUGGUAUCCCUCAUCUGUGCCCCACAGGGAACAUGUGCCCCAUCCAAGCCCCACCUGCAGGAGCCAAGCCAUCCAGGGCCCUCCAGCCACUCUCACCACUGCUGAAGGUACAGUGUUCAGAGAUCUGUCUCUGCUAUGUCACCAGAAAAUGCUUCUCCAGCAUUUCCAGAGAGGAAAACUUCCUGCCCCCAAGUAA